AUGUUCCUUGGCUGCAGUGAGCGGGGGCUGCCGGAGGCGGAGCGGGUGCAGGCAGGCGCAGUGAUCCUGGCCACUGUGGCGCUGGGCCUGCAGGGCCCGCUUGCCACGCAGUACCUCUGGGACCGCCUGGGCGCCGACCUGGGCUACAGCGGCCAUAACGGCACCGGCACCAGCGGCUGUGCCAAUGGCACCGGCACCAAUGGCAGCACUGACGCCCUGCGGCAGGAAGUGGAAGCCCUUGUCUCCCACUGGAACCUCUAUAUCAACCUGGGAGGCUUCUUUGUGGGUCUCUUCUCCGUGACGCUCUUUGGGCCAUGGAGCGACAGUGUGGGUCGUCGGCCGGUGCUUGUCCUGCCCGCAGUUGGCAUGGCCAUGCAAGCGGCCAUCUACCUUCUCGUUAUGUACCUGCGCCUGCACGUCGGCUAUUUUCUUCUUGGGCGCGUUCUGAGCGGCCUCACGGGAGACUACAACCUGAUCCUGGCCAGCUGCUUCGCCUACGCGGCCGACACCAGCGACACGCGUGCGCGCACGUUCCGCGUGGCCGUGCUCGAGGCCUGCCUCGGCGUAGCGGGCAUGUUAGCCAGCAUCGGGGGCGGCCAGUGGCGCAAAGCACAGGGGUACAUCAACCCCUUCUGGCUCGUGUUCGCUGCCAGUCUCGCUGCUGCGCUCUAUGCUGUUUUCUGUCUUCAGGAGUCGGUGAAGGAGCGGAAACCAGCCAAGCUGUUCACUCUCAGUCAUUACAUGGCCGUGUACAGGCUCUACACUACUCCAGAACGCCGGAGCUCCAGGCAGAAGCUCGCGCUCUACUCCACAGCUUUCUUUCUCAUUGUCACUGUACACUUCGGAACCAGGGACCUCUAUGUUUUGUAUGAACUUGGCUCCCCUCUGUGCUGGGCCUCUGAUCUCAUCGGGUACGGUUCAGCCGCCAGUUACCUGGCUUAUCUGAGCAGCCUGGCAGGGCUGCGGGCACUGCAGCUGUGCCUGGAGGACACCUGGGUGGCAGAGAUGGGACUGAUCUCCAAUAUUUCUGGAUUGAUUGUGAUUUCUGUUGCUACUACAACCCCACUGAUGUUUACAGGUUAUGGGAUGUUGUUCCUUUCCAUGGCAGCCACCCCAGUCAUCAGGGCCAAACUCUCCAAGCUGGUGAAUGAGACAGAACAGGGUGCUCUCUUUGCUUCUGUUGCCUGUGUGGAAGGGCUGUGUUCACUUGUGGCUGCAGGAGUGUUCAACUCUCUCUAUCCUGCUAGUCUGCACUUCAUGAGAGGAUUCCCCUUUCUCUUUGGAGCUCUGAUUCUUCUUAUUCCAGCAGCUAUUAUUGGGUUGAUAGAAGUCUGGGGCUCGAAACUUGAAUAUCGUCACUUCUCACAUUCUUCCGUGUCACUUGCAAACAGCUGA